CGGGCAGCGGCGCGCCGGGCUAGGGUGGCGGGUGGCCCCGGGGACCCGGGAAGCGGGAGAAGGAGCCGGAGCCCGACCGGGAUGAGAAGGUGACGCCGCCGGGGGGCGCCACUCGCUUUGUGGGGGAAGAUGCUCGCCUACUGCGUGCAAGAUGCCACCGUGGUGGACGUGGAGAAGCGGAGGAAUCCCUCCAAGCACUACGUAUACAUCAUCAAUGUCACCUGGUCCGACUCCACUUCCCAGACCAUCUACCGGAGAUACAGCAAGUUCUUUGACCUGCAGAUGCAGCUUUUGGAUAAGUUUCCCAUCGAAGGUGGCCAGAAGGACCCCAAGCAGAGAAUCAUCCCCUUCCUUCCAGGCAAAAUCCUCUUCCGGAGAAGCCACAUCCGGGACGUAGCUGUGAAGAGGCUGAAGCCCAUUGAUGAGUACUGCCGGGCACUUGUCCGGCUGCCUCCCCACAUUUCACAGUGUGAUGAAGUCUUCCGGUUCUUUGAGGCCCGGCCAGAGGAUGUCAAUCCCCCCAAAAGAGACUGGGGCAGUUUCAAGAAGAAGAGCAUGUGGCUCUCCAGCUGGGCUGAGUCUCCCAAGAAGGACGUGACAGGUGCCGACACCAACGCCGAGCCCAUGAUCCUGGAACAGUACGUGGUGGUGUCCAACUAUAAGAAGCAGGAGAACUCAGAGCUGAGCCUCCAGGCCGGGGAGGUGGUGGAUGUCAUCGAGAAGAACGAGAGUGGCUGGUGGUUCGUGAGCACCUCUGAGGAGCAGGGCUGGGUCCCUGCCACCUACCUGGAGGCCCAGAAUGGGACUCGGGACGACUCAGACAUCAACACCUCCAAGACUGGGGAAGUGUCCAAGAGACGCAAGGCCCAUCUGCGGCGCCUGGAUCGCCGGUGGACCCUGGGCGGGAUGGUCAACAGGCAGCACAGCCGAGAGGAGAAGUACGUCACUGUGCAGCCUUACACCAGCCAAAGCAAGGACGAGAUUGGCUUUGAGAAGGGCGUCACCGUGGAGGUGAUCCGCAAGAAUUUGGAGGGCUGGUGGUACAUCAGAUACCUGGGCAAAGAGGGCUGGGCGCCAGCGUCGUACCUGAAGAAAGCCAAGGACGACCUGCCAGCGCGGAAGAAGAACCUGGCAGGCCCAGUGGAGAUCAUCGGGAACAUCAUGGAGAUCAGCAACCUGCUGAACAAGAAGGCGUCCAGCGACAAGGAGGCACCCCCCACCGAAGGCGAGGGCCCAGAAGCCCCCAUUGCCAAGAAGGAGAUCAGCCUGCCCAUCCUCUGCAACGCCUCCAACGGCAGCGCCCUGGGUGUCCCUGAGAGGACCGUCUCCAAGCUGGCCCAGGGCUCCCCAGCCGUGGCCAGGAUUGCCCCUCAGAGGGCCCAGAUCAGCUCCCCAAACCUAAGGACAAGGCCUCCACCUCGCAGAGAGUCCAGUCUGGGGUUCCAGCUGCCGAAGCCACCAGAGCCCCCUUCUGUUGAGGUCGAGUACUACACCAUUGCCGAAUUCCAGUCGUGCAUUUCUGAUGGGAUCAGCUUUCGGGGUGGACAGAAGGCGGAGGUCAUCGACAAGAACUCAGGUGGCUGGUGGUAUGUGCAGAUCGGUGAGAAGGAGGGCUGGGCCCCGGCGUCGUACAUUGAUAAGCGCAAGAAGCCCAACCUGAGCCGCCGCACGAGCACCCUAACACGGCCCAAGGUGCCCCCGCCGGCGCCACCCAGCAAGCCCAAGGAGGCCGAGGAGGGUCCAGUGGGCGCUGGCGAGAGCCAGGAGUCUCCGCUGAGGUUCAAGUACGAGGAGCCUGAGUAUGACAUCCCUGCCUUUGGCUUUGACUCAGAGCCAGAGCUGAGCGAGGAGCCUGCAGAAGAUGGUGGCUCGGGGGACAGGCGGCCAGCCCAGCCCCACAGGCCCUCGCCCGCCUCCUCGUUGCAGCGUGCCCACUUCAAGGUGGGUGGGUCUGCUGAGGACGUGGCCCUGGAGGAAGAGACCAUCUAUGAGAACGAGGGCUUCCGGCCGUGUGCAGAGGAUGCCCUAUCAGCCAGACGCUCCUCCCGUGACAGUGACUCUCCAGGCGGCUCCCCGCUGUCCCUUGCCAGGAAAAACUCCCCCAAAUCAGGCUCCCCCAAAUCGUCAUCACUCCUAAAGCUCAAAGCAGAGAAGAAUGCCCAGGCAGAAUUGGGGAAGAACCACUCCUCAGCCUCCUUUUCUUCAUCCAUCACCAUCAACACCACCUGUUCCUCCUCCUCCUCCUCUUCCUCCUCAUCCUUGUCCAAGAACAGUGGGGACCUGAAGCCCCGUUCUGCCUCGGAUGCGGGAAUCCGCGGCACUCCUAAGGUUGGGGUGAAGAAGGACACUGACCUGAAGGCUGGGCUGACCUCCUGUGCCCGGGCCAAGCCAUCAGUUCGGCCCAAGCCCUUCCUGAACCGCGCAGAGUCCCAGAGUCAAGAGAAGAUGGAUAUCAGCACUUUACGGCGCCAGCUGAGGCCCACGGGUCAGCUCCGGGGUGGCCUCAAGGGCUCCAAGAGCGAAGAUUCGGAACUGCCCCCCCAGACAGCCUUCGAGGGCCCCAGUGAGGGGUCCAGGAGAGGCUCGGCCGACCUCAUCACCCUCCCAGCUGCCACCCCGUCGUGUUCCACCAAGAAGGGGCAGGAAGGGCAGGCCACCUCCUACACGACAUGUAGUGCCUACCAGAAGGUCCAGGACUCAGAGAUCAGCUUCCCCGCAGGCGUGGAGGUGCAGGUGCUUGAGAAGCUGGAAAGCGGCUGGUGGUAUGUGAGGUUUGGAGAGCUGGAGGGCUGGGCCCCCUCCCACUACUUGGUGCUUGGCGAAAACGAGCAACCCGACCCCCCAGGCAAAGAGCUGGAUACAGUAACUGCCAGGAGCAAGCAGAAUGAGGGCAAGUCAGACAGCCUGGAAAAGAUCGAGAAGCGGGUCCAAGCGCUGAACACCGUCAACCAAAAUAAGAGGGCCACACCACCCAUCCCCUCCAAGCCUCCUGGGGGCUUUGUCAAGACCUCGGGUGCCGGGGCGGUGAAGAUGAGGAAUGGUGUGCGGCAGGUGGCAGUGAGGCCCCAGUCGGUGUUUGUGUCCCCACCACCCAAGGACAGCAACCUGUCCUGUGCCCUACGGAGGAACGAGUCGCUGACAGCCACCGACAGCCUGCGAGGCGUCCGCCGGAACUCCUCCUUCAGCACUGCCCGCUCAGCAGCUGCAGAGGCCAAGGGCCGCCUGGCCGAACGGGCCGCCAGCCAGGGCUCAGACACCCCUAUCCUGCCCACCCAGCGCAACGGCAUCCCCGUGUCCCCCGUGCGCCCCAAGCCCAUUGAGAAGUCCCAGUUCAUCCACAACAACCUCAAAGAUGUGUACGUCUCGAUCGCAGACUACGAGGGGGAUGAGGAGACAGCGGGCUUUCAGGAGGGCGUGUCCAUGGAGGUCCUGGAGAGGAACCCCAAUGGCUGGUGGUACUGCCAGAUCCUGGAUGGGGUGAAGCCCUUCAAAGGCUGGGUGCCCUCCAACUACCUAGAGAAGAAGAACUAAUGGGGGCCGUGGGUCCUUCCAGCCUUAGUGUGGGUGAGCUGCGAGAUAAGACAAAGGGAAAGGGAAAAUGGGAGGGGGUGGGGGAGGACAACAUUAAACCUGUAGAAUGUGUGACCUCAAAGAUGCACCCCUCCAGGCUGUCCCCCAGCUGAAAGGGUCUGGGGCAGGGAGGGGUGCCCACAAUAAGCAGGGAGGGGAAUGGGCAGGGGAAGCCUGGGACCAGAGGCAAGAAAGCUGAGCCCCACAUGUGCACCUUGGGGGCUUUGCUGACGGACUUGGCGCCAUUUGGGACAGGCCGUGUGGGAAACCCUAUUUUGUGCCUUGGCUGCAAAUCUGGAAAAUAUGUGGUUGUGGGGGCCUCCUGUGCCCUGCUUCUGCUUAGCCUGGUUUCAGCUGCUGGCAUGUUGCCCCCGGAGGUAGCACUUGUAUCAUCCUAAUCUGUGUUCGUGAAUUACUCUAGUUUCCCAGGGAUUACUGCCACCUGCCACGGGUGGGUGUGGUCAGAGACACCACUGGCCCUGGGGCUCAGACGCAUCCCCUGUGAGCUCAGGCUGUCCCAGGGCCAACUGAAGAAAAGGCAGUUUCCCCGGUGCCAGCAAGGACCGCCUUUCUUAGCCAUCACUGCAGCUGGCCUUGGGAAGCCAGCCGCCCUGCCUGGGACAGCCUGGUGGAGGACCACCACCCCCCGGGGUUUACAGAGGGGGUGGGCAGAGCCGUCGGUCUUUUCAUAGUCUGCACAGACUUUAUUUUAGGUAUUUCUGGGUGGGCAGUUCCUUUGCAUGUUUCGGGAGAGGUGUAUUGCUUUGGGGCUUCUCUGUCGGGCCUAGGGUUUUGGUCUUAUUUUAGGGGUGGUUUGGGGGCCCAAGGGCGGUCAGCCUCAUGGGAUGGGAUGGGUGGUGGAUGGCCUUUCUGUCGUACUCUUGUGGAGAGAUUGGUUUGUUUUGUGUUUUCCCUCUCCACAAUCCAAAGUCGCUUCAUUUGGUUUCCACUGUGUAGACAGUACCAGAUCUUGGCACUUGCCGGAGGGAUUUCAGGCUGGAGAAGCCCUGGUCCCAGGCGUGGCAAAGUGGAAACGCUGCUCUCCUGGUCCUUGCCCAACCUCAUUAGGGUAAAGCCCUCCCCGGGGAGGGGCGUGGUGUUCAGGAGAGGGGCAGCAUUCGUUCUCUUGCCUGGGCAGGACCCGAAUACGCGUGGCCUGUGGAGAAGCAGCUGUCACCCCGACCCUGGGCCGAGGGACCCCACUGGGCAGAUACCACCAGCCACCCCCUGGCCUGCAAGUGAUGCUGCAGGCACCUGAGAAGACAAAGAUCCCUGGGCCAGGAGCCGACCUGGUCUUCUCGAGGGGCAGUGCCCCUGUGAAGAGAGAAGGGAGAGAAUAAAGUCCCCAUCAACUCUGGGUGGUGUCUUUCAAUCGCUGAUGUUUCAAGAGGCCAAAGCGGCCUCCCCAAGGACUCACCCUUCGCUGGGAGUGGAUUUCCACACGUGCCUUUGAUUGCAGACAGAUCCGGCUUCACAGCCGCUGAUUCAGCUGCCAGAUCCUGGACUGAGGACGAAGGGACCUUCCUCCACCCCUGCUCCCCACCCAGGCAGUGUCUGUUGCCUGAAGAGCAGUACGGGACCAUCUUGCGCCCUCAUCCCUCCUCCCUCGCAGUACUGAUGCCUGGCAGCUCAGCAAACUGCUCCUGUUCUUUGUUGGAAGGGCCGUGGUGAGAUUUUGCUUCCUUUUGUUUUGUUUGUGAGUUUGUUUAAAAUUGAAAUUAGUUCUUUUCUUCUGCUGGACAGUAUUAAAUAGAGCAGGAUGUUGAGUUAAUCUGCUAGAUUGCAGUACUAAUGGUAGUGGUGUAGUGUCUUCAUAGUAAUAUUAUUUGGACUUAUUUGAACAAUAAUGAUAAAGAAGUGGUUCAUUAUUUUUUAAUUAAUGCACUUUAAUAAGGUGGAGUGGAAAGAAACCCAGAGCAAAGUGCAUUACUUAAAGAUGCAGUAUAUACUUUUCUCAUUUUUAAGCAGCACAUUAUUUAUUAAAAAAAAUAAUUUAUGAUUAUUUAAAAUAAAAUUUAAAAGUAGAGUGACUGUCAGGUUAAAGGACCUUCCACGUAGCUAUCUUCCAGGGGGAGGGCCCCAGCGGCCUCACUCCUCAAUGUCUGCACUGAGCCAGUUCAAACAGUAACAUGCCAGCCAGGCCAGGAAGGAGUGCAGGACGCAUCUGCCAAGCACAGAGCAUCUCAGUCGGACUGGACCACAGUGCUCCCCAGGGCCUGUCUUUCCCUGCCUUUCCUCAGUGUCUGUACCGCCCCGUGGGGCUCUCUACCACCCAUGAGGCCUGUGUUCUCCCAGCUCCCCACCCGCCUCCAAGGACCAUCUCUCCAAGGUCACUCCAUCCCAUCCCCUCCUGUUACUGCAGCCCAAAGACAGGAAUUAGCUUCCCCCAAAUCACAUAGCUAGUUAAUGGCAGACUUCCCCCUGCCUCCCUCCCUGCACUCCUCCCCACUCUCCCACCCCCCUCAUUAGAGUUUAUUGUGUGGUCAUCAUGUUUACAUUGAGACAACCAGCCCAAGGAUGGCUGGGAGUUGCUCAGGCAUCCAGGAAAAGUGGGGAAUGCUGCCACCUGGUGACAGCGUGUAGAUUUGGGCAAUGAACAGGGAUUGCCGUGCCCCGUCUUCGCCCCUCGCCCUUCCCAUCACCCCCUAAUUCACAGCACAGCACAAACCCUGCAAACCCAAAGAGAAUAUUAAUACUUGAAGCAAGAAGGGUGCAUGCCAGUCCCUCUCAAACAUGGCCAGGGGAUGCCAGGCCUUGUGCCCCUGGACUCCUAGCCGUGCCCAGGGCAAGAAGGCUUUUCCCUAGAGCUACUGAGCUGCUUUGUGAUGUUGGAGGGUACUGCUGGCAGCAGGUGGAGGAGGGAGGGGCCUGUGGCUCUGACCCACCUGGAGGAAAACCAGAUUGGACUAAAAAAGGAAAAAGAAAAAUGAAAUCUCAGCAGUGUCCAAACUUAGUUUUCCAUUAGUUGCGAUUGAAAAUGUGAAAUGACGUUGUAUUGCUGUAUACUGCAACUUUAAUCAUAAUGAGCCCUUCUGAGGUCAUUAUUGAAGUUUAUAUAAUGCCCGAAGAUGCAUCAUUUGGUGCUUUUUCUUUCAGUUUAAAGACUUUUUUCUUUUAUUACAAGGGGAAAAAAAUGUCUUCAUCUCUCUCCCACUUGUUAACAGGGGCCUGGCUGGGCUCCCUGGCCCCACCAUACUGUUCCCACUAGGCCAAGGGACCCUGGAGGCAGCAAGAGGGAGCCAGAAGGGACAAGCUGAACAGUGGGUGUGCCAUCUGCCCCAGCUGUGGCCAGACCCUCUUCACCAGCCCUUGGCUGCAUCUACCCCCAGCCUGGCCCCACAGGCUCCUCUGUCUUCCUCCUCCAUUCUCCAUCUUGACGAAGGCAUUAUAUAGAAUCGUUUUAAUCACUUUCAGAUGUUAGAGCAGCGUAUUUUACUGGCGUUUAUAUCCGUUGCUUUCCUCAGCAAGGCAUGUUACUACUUUUAUCAUCUAAGGAAAAAAGACAAGGGAAUUUCAGUCAAGCAUUAUUUUCAUAUUACUAGUAUUUGCAGAGUAGGUGUAGAACUAUUUAAGUUUAGACCUUGGUUUGGUAGUUUGUUUUGUUUUUAAGGAAAAAAAGAAGAUAAAGUAAUCCCUACUUUUCCUGUUUUUGUAUUUAACUAAUAUAUUGUUUCUUUAAGGUUACUCACUCCCCCCCAAAUACUUUGCAUUCUCAAUCGAAAAUGAAAACAAUCUGAGAGACAGGAAAAGUGCAAUAUUAUCAGAGGGAUGCCAGGGCUUGCUGGGACAGUGGCGGGAGGCCUGGUCUGUCGCCAGGGGAGGUGGGGCUGCUUGGAGGAGUCAGAGCUGUGGAGCCGACAGGUGACCUGGGUAUUGAUGUUUUACUCCUCCCUCCCCCUCCCUCUUCUCUGGCAAGAUGGCAGAGGUCCCUGCCAGAGGGCAGCCCCUUUUGCUGGGUGUCAUCCACCCACAAGAAAGGGAUUCAGGGAAGCGGCAUGGGGCGCUUGGCCUUCCAGAGCCCCAGCCCUCGGCACAGAGCAAGGAUCUCCAGGAACCAUUCCGUGUUUUCAUUUCUGUUGUUUUUCAGCCAGCUGCUCAGAAAGACCUGUCCUGAAAAUCACCCUCAGCAGCCCUCUCUCACCCCAGCCUCCUGAUGUUUGGGUCAUGAUCUUUCUGGUGUAUGUUUGAGUUUUCUUAAAACUAUAUAACCUCAAGUGCAGUUUAUGGGCAGGAACCCUAGAUAUAACCAAAUCCUUUUUGGGGGGAUGUGGGUGCCUCGAGCCUGACAUCCCCAGUGACACAGCAGUUCCCACAAGCCUGCAGCUGGGCCUGGCGCUGAGCCGGGGCCACCCGUUCAUCUCAAUGACUUCAGCCUGAGGUGUGAGCCCUGUGUCUGCUCAACACCCCGACAGUCCUCACAAGGUCUCAGAGAAGCAUCAGAGGAGCCCGCUGAGGUCCCUGCAGACAGAGCUGCCCACAACAGGUACCAAACCACCACCUCUUAACUGGGUACCGGUAGAGAGAGCAACAGGAUGGGAAGUCUCUGGGUCCAAGCCGUUGGAGCUCUGCCCGUCAGGGCAACAGGGACAUCCUUACUGGCUUGUCCCCUCCACCUCCAGUACUGUACGCUUGCUGCUCCAACCCAUUUGGUGAAUUUCUGUACAAAUACGAAUCUGCGUGCCCAGAGCGGGACUGUGCCCCUGUGUGUGUGGGUGUCUCUCCUUGGAGUGUAUACAUCUAUGUGUCCAAAUCUUUGAGAACCUUAUUGCAGAGCUCUGUGGAAAGAGAAUCAUCCACAUUGCUAAAGAAUUAAGAUUCCCUCACUUUUUUGAGGGCUGUGUGUUGUUGAAGUGUGUGUUGUGCUUGUGCACACGUGUGCACACGUGCGAGUGUUGGUAAUUUCCCACUUGGACUAAAUAACAUGGGGUUAGAGAAAAAAAUACUGGGCAAGCUGUCUCCAUUGAACAAGUCCUUGGCAUUGGGCAGGCCCCACGGGACUCAGCUUCUGGCAGCAAUUGUAUGUGUUAUUCACACGCGUAAUUCUGGCUGGAGAGUGCAAUGUGUCUUUUUUUGUUGUUGUUAUUAUUUUAUUAAGUAUUUAGUUGGAAACUUCACACUGGCAUUAACAGAUCUAGCAGAAGCAGCCCAGGCCAUCGUCCCAGGUUCCAAAAUGAAGAUGUGGAAGCAAUGCCGCUGGGUGUGGACGUGCUGAGGUGGUUACACUGGGUCACCUGCCCACACACGUGUGUCUAGCAGGCUACCUCCCAGCCUCUGCCGUGCGUGUCACCACUGCGGGGAUCCCCGUGGCACGGGAGCUGCUGGCCCUCAGUUCUUGUGUGUCUGAGGGCGGGUCAGGCGGGUCAGGGUGGGAACUUGGUCAUGGGGAGCUCAGCAGACCUGCCUGUGCACCAUCACCUCUUCUGGUCUAGACUGCAGGCCCCGACUGAACUCGUCACAGGAAUCGUGUGCAGGGCUCCCCCUUGACAUUACUGAGUUUUUUACCUAAAUCACAAUCCCUGUCUGGGGUGGGCUCUGUGGUUGUCGAGCUCUUUGAUCAGAGCAGUGACAGAACAGGGUCAGAGACAUAGCUUCAUUUCAGGAAGAACAAACCCACUGAUACUAGCAUCCCUCCUGUUUUGUCCCAUGUACCUGGGUCCCCAGGCCAGAAGUUGGGCACUUUGGUGCUUACAGACUGAGUGCAGGACUCUGCCUUCCAAGGGCUUGAUCCCAACCUGCCUAUAAAGUUGGUUUUACCCUGCAAUCCCCUUUCCCCGACCCUAUCUUUUUAAUCUUGAGUUUGUACUUCACCCAGACAAUCAGCCCCUUCUCCCAUCCCAGAACUUAGUGGCCUUAGAGAAUGAGUCCCUGAGAUGAAGUUCCCUCCUUUGCUCCCAUUUCUACCCUGGCUAAUGGGCUGGAUCUCAGGAGGCAAGAGAGUGAGAGAAAGGAAGGAAGGAAGAAUUGUUGUUUUAAAGCAAAAGUAUGGAUCGAGCAUGUUGGAAGUGAGUGAGAGGCACGUCGGUGAGAUGGGUGCAUGCGUGUUUGGGGUGGCUGGGGCUUCCCUUCCCUGGGAAGUGGCUUCCGGAAGAGGAUGUCUUCUAGGCAGAAAGGGAAAAGUGUGAGAAGGUUGACAGAGGGCUUGGAGUCUGGAAUUGUGUCUUUAUUAGAAAGGAGGAAGAAGUCAAUUCUGAAUGUUUCAGGAAGAAGACAGCAGGUAGCAAGGGAAUUUAGUGAUUCAACAUCCAAGGGUCCCACCAGAGCAGGUUGGAAAAGCCCCGAGAUUUGGCUGUAGAAUAAGCUGGCCUGAGGAAACAAUUACUUGUUGGGCCACAGGUUGGGUCCCUGAGAGGUUCUUAAUGGUCAUUGAUUUACUCAGUGGAGAGGGAAGUUGCCGGUAACAAACCAAUCUUUGAGUUUGGAGGCCCUGGCUCUAGAACAGUCAUCCAUCUCCCAGUUUCCAGGCUGGUUUUGCCCACCUGCCUUUGUCCAAUCAGAGCUAGUCUCUUGAAGUGCUUGAAUCAGAGACCAGUGACCGUAAUGAAUCAUGCAGGAGGGACCCACCACCCACCCCCGGAUCCUCGGGGUCCAGACACCAUCAGGUGUAUCUGGGAGGAAAGAAACCUCAUUUGCUCUUCUGUUGACACCAGUUAUUCUUGAGUAUCUCUGAUGAUGCCUGUGGUUGUUCAGUUUGCUGAGCCCUGCCUCACUAGUGUGACUUAGAAGAUGGGGUGCAAUGCACACUCACCAUUUUUAGUGGCCUGUGACCAAGGUAUACUGCUUUUAGUGUUUCAGAAAAAGAAGGGUAAACCAGAGCCACCAUUCUUGAAUCUGUAACUUGUUCUCUGCAACAGGUUUUUAAAUCCAGGACACAGGAUAGGAAAGGGGUUUCACUGCCAGUUAUGGGAGGUCUGCAGGAAGGUGACUUCUAAGCAAGGCAGAUGUGAGUGGAAGGUUCAUGAAGCAUGGGUUUGUGGACUGCAUGGUGCACGUGAACUGCUGGAUGUCUGGGGCGUUCCGCACUGUGUCCACUCAACCCCUCCCAGCGCCUAGUCUGUGGGGUCCAAAGGAGGUGUUCCCUCGUCCCCGCUCAGCAGAGAAACUGAAGAAAAGGACAUUGAAUUCAGUGCAAUUUGAAAAUGUGCUAAAAAAUUUCCAGGAUCAAUGGUGGUGCUAAACUGACUCCAUGUUUUUAGUAUUUUUAAUAGUGUUUUUUUUUAAUUGUUCUCAUCACAAAAAAAUGCAGUGUCCUUGGGGAAGGGACCCAGCCCCUUGACCUGCCACUUUCCAGGUGUCCUUUAUGAUUUUGACGGGACUCUUUGGUCUGCAGAAAAUACUCUGUCUUGGCAUGCUUCCAGACUGUAAAAUUUGGGUUGUUUUGUUUUGUAUUUUGUUUAUGUUUACAAGCAUCUUGUAUUUCCCUGAAAACUAAAUAAAGUUUCUGGCCUUUUUAACUGAA